GAAAACAAGAAAAUAAUUUUUACUUGUCAAUAAAAUGCUUCUUGAUUUAAGAACUUUAAGAUAUUUUGACUAGAAACAAGACAAAAACUCUAAGUAAGAACAGCAUUUUUUGCAGUGCAUCUUAAUGUAGUGGAAACUGAACCCACAAUGCAACAGUGAUGGGACACAAAAAUUGUCCCAAAUUUUAAGAAGACAUUUUGGAUAUAUCAGGGUCUAUAUGAUGUCCUCAUCUGCUUGACAGUCAGUCCAUAUCUACGUUCUUCAUCUUUUGUAGGUGUAUUGUAAAUUUAGUAAAUUCAUUCUUUUACUAUUAUUGUUUGUUACACAAUGAGCAGUGACCUAAGUUGUAUGUUAUAUUAUGCACAUUACAUGUGUUAUUUGUGUAUUUAUGUGAAAUACAGACAAUGUUGCAUCUUAUCAUAUGGGUUUACAGGGAUAUAUCUCAAUGAACUCUGUAUAAUUAAACAGUAAUGUUUAUGGCAGUUGUCUUACACUGGAGUGACACACAAUGAAGUGUUUUGACUUAUUAAAUGACAAGGAAAUGGACACAGAGAGACAUAAACUCAAAAGAUCUUCACAGCUCUUUUCAAGUCAAUAUAGAUGAAUCUUCUGUUUAUGGACAAAUGACUAUAUACUUUAUUUAUCUUCAAGUAAAUGUGUCUUCUUAUUGAAUAAAUGUAAUUAAUUCAACUCUAACUUAAUGGUUGUGUGAUUUUUUUGCAUGCCUUCUGUAAAGUCCGACUGUGUUUUCUGUAGUUUCUGCAGAACUGAAUUAAUCCAUGUGGAAAUUGAGUGUCUUCUUUGAAUAUGAGAGACAGGAAGUAAAAUGAUAUUGUGAGAAGUGUGUUCGGUUACUACUUCAUGUUACUAAUGAAAGUUUUUUCAUUCAAAGCCACAAGGAAUAAAGAGGAACUCAUGCCACAUAGCUCACAGUAUGAGAUAAGUCUUCAUCAACAAAACACUUUAUAAGUCAAUAGUUCUGUGUUCUGAUUGCUUCUGAAGCUGUUUAGUCUGAACCUGAGACAGAGCAGCAGAAGACAAAAGAAGAGGUCACAACAACACAAGUCUGCAUCUCAUCACAUUCAUAACAAAAACACAACCCGGAAACUACCUGAAACACACCAAAAGCUUCAACAGAUCAUUUAAUAAGAGAGAAGAAUGAAGAUCAUCUCAACUUUCACACUACUGAUGAUUCCUGGUGUCGUGAGCUCCAUCAGUGUGUCAGGAUAUCCAGGAGCUGAAGUCAACAUCACAUGCAAAUAUGAUAAAGAGUAUACAUUGAAUAUAAAGUAUUUUUGUAAAGGUCGGUGGGCAACAUGCUCUGACCGCAUCAGAAGUGAUAAGAAAGAUAAAUGGGUUCAUUCUGGAAGAUUCUCUCUGUAUGACAGCACAAGAUCAGCAGUCUUCACUGUGACCAUCAGAAAUCUGAGUCAGUGGGAUUCUGGAACAUACUAUUGUGCGGUCGAUAAAUAUGGGAUAGAUUUCCACACCGAAGUGAAGCUGAAAGUUGGAACAGAUCCGUCUUUGAUCAUCGGUCUGUCUGUCCCUUCAGUUCUUAUCAUCAUGUCAUUCAUAGUGAUUCGCUGCAAGAAGCGUCAGACUCGAGGUCAAAGUCUCUCCACAACCCCCUCUGAUCCUUCUUAUAUGGUUUAUACUAUUCCACAUUCCACAACGGUUUAAUCUACUACCGCAGAGGUCUUCAACCCUGCUCCUGGGGACCCAAUGUCCUGCAGAGUUUAGCUCCAACCCUAAUCGAACACACCUGAACCAGCUAAUCAAGCUCUUCUGGAUUGCUUGAAAAUCACAGACAGGUGUGCUGAAGCAGGUUGGAAAUAAAUUUUGCAGAACAGUGGGUCCCCAGGAGCCGAAUUACCAAUAAACCCCUCAGAGUCUGAAUGAAGAAGCAUGUUCAUGACUUUAAAAUGCAAAACGCUUGUCAAAGUUGAUCAUGUGGGACGUUCUGCUGCUCUUUUCCAGCAUCUGUACAGCUGUUGUUGUAGGAGCUCCAGAUACAGUUACAGGACACAGAGGAGAGAGAGUUGAGAUCAGAUGCUCAUAUGAACCUGGAUAUGAAUCAAAUUCAAAGUAUUUUUGUAAAGGCGAGUGUAGCUUUAGUAAUAAAAACAUCAUGGUUAAAUCAGGAUCUCCAGCUAAAGACGAGAGAUUCUCUCUGACUGACGACAAGAAGAACAGAGUUUUCACCGUCACCAUCACUGAUCUGAGAACAGAGGAUGAAGGACAAUACUGGUGUGCUGUGGAGAGGCCUUUAACUGAUGUCUAUUCAGAGAUUUUGCUGAAGGUUAAACAAGAUAUCAAGACCACUGAAGCUUCAACCAUCAGCCCUUUUUUAACGACACAGUCGUCUUUCAGCACAACAGAACUGAAUCCACAAUCAGUCACUCAUCAAACUGAAAAUGAAAUAACAAGAACAGGAAAUACUACAGUUGAACUCCAUCAGCCAAACACUAACCUGGCUUCUGUUGCUGGCGGUCUGGGUUCGGUUCUGCUGGUUCUGACUCUGUGUUCUGGAACAAUCCUCAUCCUGAAAAAGAGGAAAAGGAAAUGUGGGACAGCUUUAGUUCAGCAAAAUGUGCAGCACAAUACAGAGACUGACGUCACCGCGGUAACAUCUUCACCCAAUCAGACGCCUGCAUCACACCUCGACAACCUCCCAGAAGUCUCUGCUGUUUACGCCACAGUAACCAAACAGCAGCCUGAUUCAAACCCCGGUCACACCCACUCGACCAAUCAGGUGACAGAUCCAGACUGUGAUUAUUAUGCCAAUAUAAAUUCACCUGACCCAACACAGGACAGCAGGACAGAACUGAUCUACGUGACAGCAACACAUCCACAAAACAUCUCAACACAUCCACAAAUCUUUUCAAGAAAUGAGGGUGUAAUAUAUUCAGUGAUCAACAGUAAAUAAAAAGUCUGUCAAAAUCUGUUAUUAAUCUAUAAAAUCUGUAAUGAAUCAAUAUUUUGACACUUUUAUGUACAAAACACAGUUUAUAAGUGUAUAAUGUUCACUAUGCUUCACCAACAAGAUAAGCAGCUAACAACAAAAUAACAUUGUGUGAUUUUUUUAAAUGUAAUUGAUACACCUCUUUAAAGCAGUUUAAGCAUAUAAAAAGUCAACUUACCCUUCUUUUUAA